AUGAGAACGUAAAUAAAAUAUCCUUAAUUCUUAGACACUAGGAGAAUCAGUUAAUUUCCACAGUGCAAAUGUAAGUCUAAAGAAUUAGGAAAAAAUAUCCUAUCUAAAUACAUUUAGAAUCUUUUGUUUAAGAAGUUCAACAAAUAUUUUAACUUGAAAAUCAAGAAAUCAUACAAAAACAAAUACUUAACAUACUUCAUUAAAAUAAAAUUCUAAGAUCGUCUAAUAUAAGAAAAAUAAAUCAUUUUAAAAGCUCACACAAUUUAUGUGAAAAUAAAUUAAAAUGGUAGAUUCAUGUAUCAAAACAAUGAGUUAAAUAUAGUUUUCUAAAUUUUAAAUAACUUUUGCAUAUAUCAUGGUUAAGUCUUGAACAAAAAACCAAAUGGUGAAGGGUGCUUCAAGUGGAUUAAUGGUGAAUAAUAUAUUGGUCAAUGGUUAAAUGCAUAGAAACACGGGAUUGGCUAAUGGAUUGGACUAGAAGGAGAUACAUAUAUAGGAUAAUGGGUCAAUGGUUAAUAGGAUGGUUUGGGAGAACAUAAAUGGAAUGGAAAUGUCUAUUUUGGUUAAUGGACUAAUUCAGCCAAGAAUGGAUAUGGGAUUGAGUAAUUCUUAAACGGUGAUAAGUACAUAGGAAAUUAUUUUUAUGGUAAGCCUCAAGGCAAUGGGGAAUAUAGGUGGUUGGAUGGUUCAAUAUAUUAAGGGUAAUUUUUAGAGGGGAAAAGACAUGGACAUGGAAUGUGGAGUAACAAACUUGGAUCAUCUUAUGAAGGAGAUUAUGAAAAUGAUUUAAAAAAUGGGAAGGGUAAAUUGAUUUAUCAAGAUGGAAGUUAUUAUUUUGGUUAAUUUGUAAAUGAUAUGAGAGAGGGUUAAGGAACGUAUCAUUAAAGCAAUGGAGUGAUAAUUGAUGGAUUAUGGAAAGAGAAUAGAUUCAUUGGGAGUAAUAAUAAUGAUUCGAAUCGGUAAAGGAAGGAUUAAUCGUAAGCAGAAUAAAAUCAGCGGAAUCUGAUUUUCGCUCUAAACAAUUGGCAAAAUCAGAAAUUUAAUCUGCAAUUGAAAUAAGAAUCGAAAUUAAAUUAAAGCAAUAGGGCAAACUCAACAAAUUAAUAAAGAGCAUCUAGAAUGUCAAGAUGUUAGAGGAAUCCCAAAUCGAAAUCUGAUGAUUUGUAAGGCAUUUCAAUAGAUGAGGCAGAGAGAACAAUAAAGAAGAAGAAAAACUAUAGGUCUUAGUAAUCAAAUUAUUUAUUGAUUAAUAACAACAAAAAAUCGAUAAAAAAUGUAUUUGAAUUUUGA